AUGGAUGACGGCAACACGAGAUUUGCUUCUACACAAGGGGAAAUCUUUACAAGGGAAGAGAUACAGAAGAUUCUGUUCACAGAGACUUACGAGGAAACAUUUGGAAGCUUGGGAGCAAAAGAGGCAUAUCACGAGCUUCUACGCUUAAAGAAAAAGGAAAUCGAGCUACAUCUACAUGGAGUCUCCCUCUCCGAUUAUUAUAGGGAGAAUAAAGUACCGAGAGGCUUCAGGAUCAACAAUACGCCUACCUUGGGGAGAAACAACGCCGAUUUCUGCAAGCGUUGGUGCCAAGUGUUGGAUCGGUGUUCCCUCGACUUGAUGCUGCUAGUGAUCGAGGAGGUCGGCCGGGAAUUAAAAUUGGUCCGCAGUGAUCUGUCCAGCUUCAAUAAGACGCAUCUUAAAACCCUGCAAAGUGACAGAGAAACAGAGUGGCUGGUGCGCCUUGAAGAACAAACCGGCAAGUUUAAAGCAGAGCUCCUGGCAUUCAAAAGCGCAAAGCGCUUAAAGGUUAUCCAGGACUAUAAGGAGAAUACCGUAUAUCUGUGGCAGCAGAACGCCAGCGUGAGGAAGCGGAGGAUGGAAUGGAGAACGAGGAGAUCCCCAGCGCGAUCAGCACAGAGCGGCGCAUCAGAGAGCGAGGGGGAGACAAGCGCGCAGGAAACCCCGCGCCAACAGGUGCCUUUUUUGGGGGAACGCCGGCACAACAACGGGGAUCCAGGAAGGCCACCCGUCGGGGGGGUCGCAGCAACGGCAAAAGAUACACGACCGCAGCGGCAACGAACACAGAAGAAGGGGAAGGAAUAAUAUUUAACCUCUCCUCAUAUCAACUCACAGGCCCAGAGGAAUCCCUGCUAAAGAAAGGACUAGGAUACGUACCCAUGGAAGCCAUACAAUGUAUCUGCCGUUCGAGAUAAAGUAAGCAACAACUAAAAAAUUCUUUAUCGUGGAUUUUAUUCUUGUACAAUUUGUAUUUAUUCACAAUUAUGAUUGUUCCAAUAUAU